AUAUCUGUAUAUAGUCUGAUAGUAUAAGUUAGAUUUGUUACAAACAUUAAUAUCGAACUAUGGAUAAAGAACAAGAGGCCUGCCAGCUGAUGGCUGAGGCUGAGAAAAGCCUCAACUCAUCAAAGGGAUUUUUCUCUAAAUUACUAGGAUCUGGAUCUAAACAAGAAGAAGCAUGUGAAAAAUUUGUUCGGGCAGCAAAUAUGUUUAAGAUGUUGAAAAAAUGGAACGAAGCAGGAAAUGCAUUCUGUAAGUCUGCAGAUAUUCAACAAUCACUACAGAAUAAACACGAGUCAGCUUCCAAUUUUGUUGAUGCUGGGAAUUGUUAUAAAAAAUCAGAUGCAGAUGCGGCUAUCAAAUGUUUGACAAGGGCUAUUGAUAUUUAUACUGAUAUGGGGAGAUUUACAGUUGCUGCAAAACAUCAUAUAUCCGUUGCGGAAAUUUAUGAAAACGAGACUUCAAAACUUGAAGAAGCCAUUUCUCAUUAUGAGCGAGCUGCAGACUUUUAUAAGGGCGAAGAUUCGACGAGUAGUGCAAAUAAGUGCUGGUUGAAGGUGGCGGCCUAUGCAGCUCAGCUUGAGCAAUAUACAAAAGCCAUAGAAUUAUAUGAGCGUGUGGGAAUGUCAUCAAUGAAUAGUCCGUUGUUGAAAUAUUCGGUGAAAGAGUACUUCUUCAAAUCAGCACUCUGCCAUUUUUGUUUGGGUGGAACAAUCGAUGCAAUGCAAUCAUUGGAGAAAUACGAAGGUCUCUUUCCAGCAUUUUCUGACAGUAGAGAAUGCCAAUUGUUGAAGAGUUUAAUCGAGACACAUGACAACCAAAAUGCUGAUGCAUUUGCGGAAGCAGUUGCAAAAUAUGAUUCGAUAUCUCGCAUUGACCAGUGGCUGACCACAAUCCUUCUACGAAUCAAAAAGACAAUAGGGAAUGAUGAUGAAGAUCUUACAUAGCUUUGUUUGACUUUAAACAGUAUAUGAGAUGAAUUCUGGUACAAGUAUUUGUUAAUACUUAGUCUAUUAUAUAUAAAUAAUAAUAUUAUAACAAGUCUACAGUCAAAACAUUGAAUCUUUCUCAUUAAUAAUAUAUCGUUGUAAAAUAUUCUAACUAAGAGGGUUUCUUGCUAAAUAAUUCAGGGCCUGAAAAUUUCACUUCUAUAAUGAGCUACCAAGCAUAAAGAUUUCUUCAUCAAUUUUUGCAUACUAUUUUACUCGUCAGGAUAAAAAUUUAUUACAAUCAGCGGAACCUUGCGGGGCCCUAAUGAAUUUUCCUUAAGGAAGGGUUUCACAAUAAUUCAAAAUGGCCAUCCAUUAUGAACUUCAUACAUAUUUCAUACAAUUUUUAUCAAUAAAAAUUACAGUAUAAAUCCUAUAAAAUGAUCUAAAUUGUUAUAUCAGUGUAAACUAAGUGAGAAAAACCUGAUGCUAAAUUAUAGUCUUGACUGUUAGAUUGCUCGAAAAUAAUGGGAACAAUGGGCAAAAGUCAUGAAUUUGUUCUAUCAUAUAUAAUACAAAUUCGACUAUGGCUUGUAUGAUGGAAUUUUUCUCUGAUUAUAGUCUGCUGAUUGUCUUAUUUACAUCUAAAAAGUAAUUGAUUUUAUUUACUUUAUCAAAGCAGUGAUUUUAUCCAUUUCAACACCCCGGGCAUGAACGUACAUAAUGUGUAAAGAAAAUUUAAUUGCGACUCUGAAUUGUUGUAAGAAGCUUAAUAAUUUUUCACCUUAAUGGUAAACAAUUCACACAGUUUAAUUUAACUUGGUAGACUAUGUGAUAUCCAUAUCUUCAUAAAAAGGAUGAUACAUUACAUACAGUCCUAGGCAAUAUUGUAAAUUUGCCAUGAAUGAAUGUUUAUCCACCAAGUCUAUAGUGUUAAUAUGGUGACAUGUUGUCUGUCUAUUUUGGGCGUAAAGAUAUAGUUCUUCUGUUUAUAUGUAUAGUAUAUACUAUAUAGCAAUAUUGGAGACCUUUGACGCUAUUUGUCUAAUUCUUUGCAGCGACUUUAUUCAAUGCUAAUGUUUGCAGGAUAGACCCUUUGGAGUACGUUUGAUAUUUUAGAGACUGUUGUUAGAAUACAUACAGCAUAAAGUGCAAUAUUACCCCCAGAAUGAGUAGAUGAAACUGGGACUUGUGUACUUCCAUGGUUCCCGGUGUCCUUAACCCUUCAGAUGACGCAGUUUGGAUUUCGUACCUAAUUUAAUGCGUCCUCUUAUAUUCUAAUAUAGAAACAUGGUGGUCAUCUGUGUGUGAUAUUAUAACAUUCUAGAUUUAAGUCUCAUUUUAUGUGAUUUGCAUUCAAUAAAAACUAUCAAAAACA